AUGGGCACAAAGAAAACGACUAAAGAAACGGACAAUUUUGAUCUAUGUCUUCUUUUUGGUCUCUCAGGAUUCUUGAUAGGUGGUAUUGCUUUAGCUACUGUGCUUACAUUAUAUCUUGGACAAGAAUCAUGUACGAGCGAAUCGACAACAAUAACAACAGAGACAACAUCAACGACAACAACGGUGACAACAACAACAGAAACUACAACAUCAACAACAACAACCACGACAUCAACGACAGCGACGACAAGCACUACCACAACGAGUACAACACAAACCGUUGCACAAAAUGCGACUAGUGCACAGUAUUAUUGUGGACGUACGUCAUCGUAUACGCUUUGGCAACUAUAUAGUGCUAGUGGAUUAUACAUGGAUAUUGAUUCGAGCGCCUGUGGUUUCAAUUCAACUCCACUCUACUUCACUAGUGUGUCUGGUACUAGCUCGCAUUGGGAUCUAACGGGUUAUACAGCUAUUUAUUCAUCGACAAAGAAUUCAUUUCGAGUUUAUACUCAGUCAAUUAGUGGUGCAGCUAGUUCAAGUUUGCUUUCUUUGGCCCAAACAUAUGGAUGGAAUGUGGAAUGGAUUGGUGUUUCUCUUUAG